AGAACCGGUCGUUCGCGAACGACCCAUCACUACCACUUUAUACCCUUCAGUAGCUUCUGCUUUUCAAAACGUGAUGUAGGAUAUUCGUCAACUUGUCUUUGCAGAGGACACGGGUCUGUAAACAUUCUGUUUGGCAGAAUAUCCCAGGCGUGCUCUACGCUGGCGAAAAUGGAGGGGUUUCUACAGAGAUGUAGCGCUGCAUUAAAGGGCAGUUCGGAGGGCAGCUCUGGGAUCCACGUUGUCCUUGGCAACGAGGCCUGUGACCUCGACUCCAUGGUGUCGUCCCUCGCCUUCGCCUACUUUCUGUCCAAAACGUCUGGCAGCUCGUGUAAGACUGUGGUGCCAGUGCUGAACAUCCCGAGGGCCGAGUUCCCCCUGCGUUCAGACAACGUGUUCCUGCUGAAGGAGAGCGGGGUUCCACCAGAGGCUCUGGUGUUCCGUGACGAGGUGGACCUGGCAGGGCUCCAUAGAGCCAAGAGGCUGGUGCUCUCCCUAGUGGACCACAACGUGCUUCCUAGUCCCGACAUUGACUUGGAGGAGGCAGUUGUGGAAGUCAUUGAUCACCACCACCUCGAGAGGACACCCUCCACUUCCUGUUCGGUCACCAUGGAAACCGUGGGUUCCUGUGCCACCUUGGUGACGGAGUACAUUCACCACAAGGCACCUGAAGUGUUAGACAGACAGGUGGCCCAAUUAUUAUACGGGGCCAUCGUGCUGGAUUGUGUCAACAUGGCACCAGAGGCGGGCAAGGUCACACCCAAGGACAGCCAUCUGGCCUGCCUACUGGAGUCGCGCUUCCCCGACCUGCCACCCAGGGGCGCCCUCUUCCAGUCCCUACAGAGCGCCAAGUUUGACAUCUCAGGUCUUUCUACAGAGCAGAUCCUGCUGAAGGACAUGAAGGCUGUCUCCAGAGGCGACCUGAGACUGGCAGUCAGCGCUGUGUACAUGACACUAGAUAUGUUCCUACAGCGGAAGAGCCUACAACGGGAGCUUUGUGAGUUCUGUCACAAACAUCGUUUUGGUGCGGUGGUCGCCAUGACAAUCUCUUUCAAUGAACGCAGCGAGCCUCAUCGGCAGCUGGCGGUCUACAGCUCCAGCACCCUCUAUAGGGAGGAGGUGAGCCAAGCAUUAGAAAAGGCCCGGAACCCCUCUCUGUGCAUCUCUCCAAUGAGCAGCCCCUUCAACGACAUCAGGUCCUAUCUCCAAGGCAACGCGCUGGCCUCCCGCAAGAAAGUGCUACCUAUCCUCAAGGACUUCCUGAAGGAGUGGGACAAGAAGCAAGUGCAUUGUGGGGAGGCGGAGGACUUUGAGGAGCUGGACAACCACUUUGACCCCACGGGGUCGCCUGGUAUCGAUGGAGAUGCCCGUCGCCACUGCUUUUCGGCCUCUCGGCACCACCGCCGCCGCCUGUUGGGUCCCGAGGACUCUGGGACGGAGGAGGACUUCCAGGUGCCGGCCACACCCAUGAACAGCCUGGUGGAGGGCUGUCCACUGGACGCUGGCCUGCCCCAGAUCAGCGUGGAAGCUAUUUUGGAGAAGUUCAGCUGCAUGGUAGGGGAAGCAGGGGAAAAUAAAGAUGUCAGCUGGCCAGGUGAUCAAUAACCUUCUAUUGAUGCCUUUAAAUCCUAGUGCCCCUGGUUCUCUGUCCGCGUGCACUGCAACCCAACCAAAAGACUAUAAGGAGUGUUCAAACUCAGAAGCAUAUCAAUCAAUUGUAUGUUUCAUAAGGGACAUCUCAUAGCGAAUUAUAAUGACAAUCCAAGGGGCCAUGUACAGUAACUCACUCACUGGUGAAGACUCCAGACAACAAUGAAGGUUCAAUAGUGUUUUCUCUCUUAUCCCAUCUGAGUACAUGGGACUGCCUCAUUGGUUAGUGCCAUCUCCAAGUGUAGGGGGAGUAGAUUGGACAUUUGGAGAAUACAUGAUGGACUAAUGUAAUGAAUCUUUGAAGGGCCUAUUUCAAUGUCACAGGCAUUUGAGUGAAGCUUUAUUUUGAGGAGAAUAUUGCCCCUGGAGAAGGACUUUAUCAAUUUUUGCAGCAUGUGUUUCAGUAGUCCUGGUCCUUGAAAACUGCAGAGUUUGCUGUUUUUUUAGUGCAACUUAUCUAUGUACAGCUUCAGUAGUGCGUUAUUGAGCUGAUGAUUGAGCACGUGAAAUCUCCUGGCAUGUGUGUGCGAGCGCGUGUGUCUGUGUGUGUGUGUCUGGAGUUCUUGGUUAGCGUGAUGUCGUGAUGACAUUAUGAUCAGGUUUGUUUCAGUCCAUAGUUCUCCUCAUUGUCGGAAUCCAUCUGGAAAAGAAAGAAGGGAAGAACACACACACUCCCCACAAAGAGAGAGAGGUGGAGAGAUACAUACCAGAUGUCAGAUGCAACUCUGCUGUUCAUUCAAUGCGUUUGAACUGCCUGCCCCCAGUCAGAUCUCUAAAAUUGCAGGUUUCCUUUUUAUUUUUCCCAUCAUGAAUCUUGUUCUGGAGGCAGCUCUGCAGAGUGGUCACUAGCUGGCACAGCCACAAAGUCAUACAAUCUGAUUUCAAACCUAACCCUAACCUUAACCCUAAUCACACUGCUAACCCUAAUGCAUAAACCUAAACUUAAAUUAAGACCAAAACCCUUUUUGUUUUCAUGAAUUUGUACAAUAUAGACAUUUUUUGAGUGUGAGGCUGGUCCAUCUACCGGAAAUCGCAUAGUUUUGCCUCAAGGACAAGACUCAUCCCAAUAAACGUUUAUCUGUGCUAAAUAUUCUCUCUCUCUCUCGCUCGCAGGUUUUUCUGAGAUUUAGAUCACAAAGCUACUUCAGCUGCCCAAAUAUACACAAAUCUUACGUGGAACUUAUCGUCUAGUUUAUCGUCCAGACUUAUUCAGGGAAUUACCAUUGAUUAUGUCGUCCUAAUGACAUCAUAACAUUUUGACAACAAAUUAAUUGAUGCAGAGGUUGACUUCAUGCAUACAAUUUUGCGCUGAAUUUUGUUCAGCAUGUUAUUCCUGCAUUACAAAAAACGGUGAUACAUUUCUAUUAAUACCCCCCUUUGUAUUUUUGAGUUACCAGACAUUUGCCUGUUCCCAGAUCUAUUUGUGCUCUUGCCAACUCCUAUCAUCAGAGUUGACUAUACAGCAUCAACAGAUCUGGGCUAGUGAUGAAUUGCUCUGAUGAUGGUAUCUGAUCUGGAAUCUGUGUCGCAUACCCCAGGGAGCCUUGUGGCGGUUCAUUUGAGGAAACAUUACUGCAUUAGUGCAGAUGUCUGCUUCAUUAGCUGUCUGUAGUUGGGCCUGAGGAGUAGGUUUGAACUUACUGUACCACAGAGAUGUGCAUACACCCCUAGGAAAACCCACAUACAGAUGAAUGCAUAGACACAAACACAUUAGACAGUGGCCCGAUUCCAUUUCAGUCACUAGUCUCUUCCUUGAGGUCUACCAUUUCAGUGUUCGCAGAUCACAAGGAUUCGAUAGGUAAGUGAUAAGAUGAUGGCUCCACCUCGUUCGAUAGGGUAUGUGAAGGUUCUACCAUACACUCACCUAUCCAGUCCUUUUGCAUCGUGGAACUUCAAACUCUGAGAAUAAGGGAGGGCGGCACGGACUAAAAUGGAAUCCUGCUAGUCUUGCUGGAACUUCGGGCUUUGUUAGAAUUCCCAGAUUUUAUUUAAUAUAUCUUUAACAACAGAAAACAUCUAAGAAUGUUGACUAGCCCAGUGCUGAACCAUUUAAUGAAGAUAUUAAAUGAAGAUAGUAUAGUUGAUCAUACCACUUGAUUAUAUAAAUCAACCAUGCAGUUUCAUUGAUUUAUUCUCUACAUCACAGCGAGAAGUAGUUUAUAGUAAAAUAAUAUGUUGUGUCUAGGCUAGCAUGGUAUUGAUAGUGAGUUUGUUAUUAAACAUACUCUGAAAGAUUAUUAUAUUGAGCCUCAGGUAUUAAGGAUUUGGCAAUGCUUGGCUUGUAGUUGUGUUUUUUUUUUGCCAGCUAAAUCUGCAUGAGCCAAAAAAAAUCCAUUGUGCUAAUUGUUUUGUUCUUCUUCUUUAUCUCCAAAUAUACUUUUUGUUGAAUGGUUUCAUGGGAAAUGUAGCUUAUGUGGUGGACAGUGUAAUUGCUCAGUGACUCUGCAGUUUAAUUUGAACACUAAAACGAGUUUGUUUUUUUCAUACCAUUUGUCAUGAUUACAUGUUUUAGUAAACACUCUUGUCACUGUGGUGUUCUAAUCUCUCUAAUUAACGUUUGAAAUGUUAGCUUGCUGGACUUGUUUAGCUUCUAAAUAGGUUGAAUGACAUCAAGUCAUUCACAAUGUUGUUUCUUUAACCCAAACUGGUUCCCUUUUUCAGUUUCUCAUGGCUUUAAUCCAAAACAUGCCCCCCCCCUCAACCCCUCUACAUGCAGUUCCUUUCAGCAAGGCUAGUUUUGUGAAUUUUAUGCAGGACAAUCGGGAUUCAACUUCCCUUUUAUUCAAGUACGCAAUAUGAAAAGUGUUUGCUGUGCGGUUCCUGAAUGCGAAAUCACGUGUAUGACGAGAUUAUAAGAGAAAAUGUUCAAAUAUGCACUUCUAUUAAAAAAAUUGA